UUAUGAACCAAGCUCCUGUAAUUUAAGUGAACUCCCCCAUUACUUCGUUUGCUAGCCCAGGAUUUAAGGUAUGAAAUAUAACAAGAAUCCAAUAGGGCUUAAAUGAAAAUGAAAAACUCUAUGCAUAUCAUUUUGCAAGAGCCUCUUGGGAAGGAGCAAAAAUUUGUUUCUUCCAAAGAUCUUAUGAAUCACCCGGAUUGUUCUACAUUUUCCAUAAGAUCUUUUCAACCGAGAAGCCUUAAGCUGUGAAAGUGCGUUUAUUAUAGAAUGGGUGGAGUGAAGAUGAAGUUCAAUAAUUAUUUGCUUAUGUUGCUGCUGUGCUUUAAAAUUGUGGCAACUUCAAAAACUUUGGAGAUUCCAAAUUCAUACCUGAGGUAAGUUAGGAGAAGUUUGAACAAUUCAUUACAACAUCUCCAGGAUAUUAAGUUGAUUAAGUUUGGGACAAUAUUCGUAAAUAUAUCUACAAUUACGAAAAACCAUAUGGAUUGAUAGAUUUAUAAGACAAGAACGGCUCAAAUUCUUAUUAUAGUACUAAUUUGAGUGGGGAAUUGUUGGAGGCUGUCGAUAAAUACUUGAUUGCUUAAGGUGUAUCUGAAUUAAACACAAGAGUCGUUAAGGUUGGGGAUGAAAUCCAUGUGUUAGUAGCCUCAGUCAAUGAAGGUGAGAAGGAUCUAGGAGAAGUACAUCACCACAAAGUCAAAUUGGUUUAUGGAGAUUUCGCUCCUUUUCUUAAUAGCGUUGUAACUCAUCUGACAGCUGCUCUCCAAUAUGCAUCAAAUGAUAAUCAAAAGAACAUGAUAUAGGCAUACAUUGAACAUUUUAAGAGUGGAGAUGUUGAAUUGCAUAGAUAAUCAUAGAGACAUUGGAUCAAGGACAAAGGACCUGUCAUUGAAACGAAUAUUGGGUUCAUUGAGACAUAUUUGGAUCCACUUAAGGUUCGUGCCGAAUGGGAAGGCUUUGUAGCUGUAGUUAACAAGCAAGAAAGUGCUCUCUUAAAUGGAUUAGUUGAUAAGGCUGAAGAUAUCAUUAAGUAUUUACCAUGGCCAAAAGAAUUUGAAGUCGAUGUGUAUAAAAGGCCAGAUUUCACUUCGUUAGAAGUUCUGGCUUUUGCUACUUCUGGUACACCGUUGGGUAUCAACAUACCUAAUUAUGAUGAUAUUAGAUAAACAGAAGGCUUUAAGAAUGUUAAUUUAGGCAAUGCAUUAGGAAAGUUAUCAAAGGAAUCCAUCAACUUCUUGGAUUAAGUGGAUCAAGAGAUAUUUUAUAAACAUUAAACAGAAGCUAUUUUCUUAGUUAUUGCACUUCAUGAAUUGAUAGGUCAUGGUGCAGGUAAAGUAUUCAUGAAAGAUAAGGAUGGCAAUUUAAAUUUCAAUCUUGAAAAUACAGUCAAUCCAUUGACAAAUUAGAAAGUUAAUUCAUUCUAUAAUCCUGGAGAAUAAUGGCAUGGCAAGUUUGGUGAAUUCUCAGGAGCCAUGGAAGAAUGCAAGGCUGAUGCUACUGCAUUGUAUUUAACAACUUAUGAUGAUGUAGUGAAAUUGCUUUUACCAAACAGAUCAGAAGAAGAAAGAAGAGAAAUUGUUUUUGCAGGUUGGAUCUUUAUUGUUCAUAGAGCUAUUUAAGGAUUGGAAUUUUAUAAUCCAGAAUAAAAGAAGUGGGGUCAAGCACACGUCUUAUCUAGAAAUGCUAUAUUGUAAUCUCUUAUUAGAGAAGACCCAGACAUUAUCAAGAUCACAGAAACUCAAUUAAACGGUAAACCAUAUAUGUACGUUAAAUUUGAUUAAUCUAAAUUAUAUACAACUGGUAAGAAGGCCAUUUCUAAUUUGAUAUUGCAUUUGCAGGUCUUCAAAUCCAUAGGAGCAGGAAAUGAAGGUGUUCACUUCUUCAGUAAUUUGGCUGCUGUUAAUGACUAAUUCCUCAACUAUAGAAGCAUUGUUAUUUAGAAUAAGUUUCCAAGAAGAUUGGAAUUGCAACCAAACAUAAUUAUAGAGGAUGGCUAAGUCAAACUUAAAGAAUACGAAUCUACAUUUGCUGGAAUUAUUGAAUCCUAAGUCGAGCAUCACUCAGAGAACAUUGAAACAACAAAAGAAUUCUUUUUAAAAGUAUAAAAAUUAUUUUAGAAUUGAC